GUUUUCAGAUGGGAUUGACCAAGGAUUAUUUGAAAUAUGAACAUGCCGGCUCCUGUGGGUGCGUUGGAUCUGCCAACGGCCAACUUGUUGCGAUUGAUGGACAAACCGUUGCUGUAUCGGCAAAUGAAUAUUUAAAUUUCUACAACAUGAGAACUGCAGAAAAGGUUAACGAAAUUAUUGAAUCUACAAAGCCAAUUUCGUGUGUUCGGCAAUGCGAGAACAAACCGCUUCUUGCAAUUGGAUAUGCCGAUGGUUCAGUGAAGUUGUUCAAUCAAGAAAAUGAAGAUUCUGAACCAAUUAUGUUCUCUGGUCACAAGAAAGCUGUGAACUGCAUCGAGUUUAGCAGUGAUGGCCUUCUGUUUGCGACGGGUGGAAAAGAUGGAGUCAUUGUUCUGUGGGACAUUCUUGCCGAACGUGGAAUGUUUCGUUUACACGGCCACAAGGAAUCAGUCACACAAAUGAAAUUUGUCCGCGGUGAUAGAUUCAUAAUUUCCACAUCGAAAGACAGUUUGAUCAAGUUUUGGAGUAUUGCCUCGCAGUCAUGCUUUUAUACAGUGAUGGACAGCCGAAACGAAAUUUAUUCAAUGAGCUUGCAUCGUGAUGAAACAGUACUUGUAGCUGCAACUGCUGAAUUAGAAUUGCUUGUUUUCGAACUCAAUUGGAAAAAUGGCGCUAUCUUUGAACAAGAAGUAAAAAGUGAAGAACCUUCUGCAAAGAAAGCAACAAACGAUGAUGAAAAGGAAGAUGAUGUUCUUGCUAAUAUGGCCAAUAGAUAUAUCACGACAAAGCUGCGCGGAAGAGUGAUCCGUCAGAGCAAAGGAAGAGCUCUGCAAUUGGUCGCAACUCAUGAUGAUCGAUUCUUAGUAUGUGUUGGUGCUGAUAAAGUGGCCGACGUCUAUAGAGUCUUCUCCGAAACCGAAUCUGCAAAAAGGCUUACCAAAAAGUUAAAAAGUGCUAAACGAAAAGCGACAUCUGACACAACAACAGUUAACGAGGAUGAUGUGGCAAAAGAUGUGACAAUUCUUGUUACUCGCAUUGGAGAGAUGGUUUUACCUCAUAAAAUCAAGUGGAUUGAUGUUGUGAGAUCAGUCAAAACAAACGAAAACACUUUAAUUUAUAAGUGGUAUGCACUUCUCACAGACAACACAGUUCAUUGGGUCAAAAUGAGUAUUGAAACUACGUCAAAUAGUGUUGAAUGUGAUAGUGUUGGUAAUCUAGACAAACUCGGUCACAGAGAAGAUGUACGUGCUUUAUGUGUAUCUUCUUCUUCAAGUCUUCUUGCUUCUGGAGGUGGAAAUGAAGUAAUUGUAUGGAGUACACACUCAUUGCGGUCGUCAUUAACAUUGACUGACAACGAUAUCAAAGACAUUGUCGCAGUUAAUUUUGUUCCUGGUGAUAACUACAUUUUAACUGGUGGAAAGAACGGAGAAAUCGGCGUGUUCGAGUUAAGUAGUGCCGAGCUGGUUGAAACAAGAAAAGCACACACUGGAGCGAUUUGGACUAUUCAAAAUUCACCUGACAAUGAAGGAUUUAUCACGGCUUCUGCAGAUAAGACGGUUCGAUUUUGGUCAUUUGUGCUGGUGACAGAAGGAUCAAGAAAGAGAAUUUCCAUCAAAGAACAAAAAGUUCUCGAACUUCCCGAUGAAGCAUUGGCUGCAAGUUUCUCUGCGGAUGGAAAAUUUCUUGUUGUGGCUCUUCUGAAUAACACAUGUUCAGUGUAUUUUGUUAAUACGCUUAAAUUCUUUGUUUCUCUAUACGGACAUUCACUGCCUGUCACAUGUGUCGAUAUUGCACCUUCCAGUAAACUUUGUGUCACUGGAUCCGUCGAUAAAUCAGUCAAAGUAUGGGGAUUGGAUUUCGGUGAUUGUCAUAAAUCAUUCCAUGCACACGAUGAUGCAGUAACUUCGGUUUUAUUCUGUCCUGGAGAAGAACAACUCUUCUGGAGCGCCGGAAAAGAUGGAAAAAUUAAACAAUGGGAUGCAGUGAAAUUUAUUAUGGUUCAAGUUCUUGAUCGACACACUUUGGAUAUUCGUUGUUUGGCUCAGUUUACUAAUGGAUCUGUUAUGUUCUCUGCUUCUCAUGACAAGUCAAUCCGUUGCUGGGAGAAAACCGAUGAAAUUUUAAUUGUCGAGGAACGAGAGGAAGUUGAAAGAGAAGAAGAAUACGAGAAAAAACUUAUUGAAGAGGAAGACGUUGUUGCUGGUGAAAAUGCUGACAAUGAAGCUGGUGUGGCUAGCAGCAAGACAAGUUCCAGUGUUGUAUCCGCUGAAAAUAUCAUUCAAGCAGUUGACAUUGCUAGAAACGAGAAGGUUCAACGCCAAGAAGAUCCAGGGCAUGAACCACAUCCUCUUAUUGGAGCGUAUAACAGUAAAUCAUUGGAUCAUUUCAUCGUUGAUGUCGUCGCCAAAUGUAGAGCCAGCGACCUUGAUAGAACACUGCUUCUAGUACCUCUCUCCUACGUUGCGGACAUCCUUCUGGCUAUUUCAUCUUGCACACAACAACAGUAUAAAGCUGAAUUGUGCACCCAUGUUGCUGUAUAUCUAACAAGAAUCCACCUCAGUCACAUCACUGCCUCGUCCGAUUAUGUCCCAAUCUUCGAACAAAUGAAAUCGAAAAUGUCCGAGGGUGUGGAAAAAUUGAGAAAUGUCACUGGAAUCAAUUUGGCAGCGCUUCGACUGUUAGCUACAGAGCUAGAAGAUCGUGAGCAGGUUAAAAAGUUUGCUCAAAUUGAGCUUGGAGUGGAAGAUCCAAAAAAGAAGCGAAAGGGGAGGAAAGCGGUGUUAAAGACGCUAGCAUAAUCCUCCUGCAUCUUCUCCACGACCCACCAACUCGAGUUGUUCUCCACAACUACGACGCCUUCAAAUCUAUAUCUUUCUUUUCCUUUUUGUUUCCUUCGUUAGAGUUGUCUCGUUUUUUCACUCUUUCAAUUUAUUCUUGUUAUUGUUACAUUCUAUAUUCUUUUUUUGUUUCUGUUACGUUCGUUUUUUUGUUUCCCACCUCGUUUCGUUGUUUUCCCUUCUUUUUUUGUUUUUUAUCCGCAUUCAAUUUGUUCGCUCAAUAAAAACCACUAUCGAGAGU